CCUUCGGCGGGAGGAGCGCGCGCUGAGAGCGCGAGAGGGCGGCCAUGGCUGCGCCCGGCGCCCCCUGCGCCCCCGCCGCCCGCUGGAAGUGCCACAUCGUGCGGCAGCUGCGACAGCGGGACCGAACGCAAAAGGCCCUUUUCGUGGAGCUUGUGCCGGCCUAUAACCGUCUCCUAGAGAAAGCUGAGCUGCUGGCCAGGUUCUCAGAGAAGCUGCAGCCAGAGCCAAACGAUGUCACUCCUGCUAUCCACCAGGGCCCCUGGGAGGAGGAGUCAGGGCCUGACUCAGACCAAGUCCCAUCACCAGAAGCUCUGAGUGUGAAGUGGCAAGAGGAGGAGGAGGGGCUCCGGCUGGUGUGUGGAGAGAUGGCCUACCAGGUGGUGGAGAAGAGCGCGGCCCUGGGCACCCUGGAGUCGCAGCUGGAGGAGCGGCAAAGCAGGCUGGCGGGGCUGGAGGCCCGCGUCGCGCAGCUGCAGGAGGCGCGCGCGAAGGAGGCCGGACAGGUGGACGCGCGGCGCGCGCUGAACGCGGCGCAGCGGGCGGCCUACGAGGCGCUGCGCGUGCACGUCGGGCACCAGGAGGCGGCUCUGCGCAGGCUCGAGGAGGAGGCGCGCGACCUGCUGGAGCGGCUAGUGCAGCGCAAGGCGCGCGCCGCCGCCGAGCGCAACCUGCGCAACGAGCGCCGCGAGAGGGCCAAGCAGGCGCGGGUGUCCCAGGAGCUGAAGAAGGCAGCCAAGCGGACAGUGAGCAUAAGCGAGAGCCCAGCCGCAGUAGGCGAUGGGAUCAGAGAGGAAGCAGAAACUCUGGCCCUGGCUGCCGAGCCGGCGUUCCUGGAGAGUGAGGCCAAAUGGAAGAGGCCCUUCAGCUCCUGGCCGUGUUCUGCCAUCUUCUCUGUCUGUUUCCUGUUGUUGCUGCUUCAAGAGAGCUUGAGGCUCCCAUGUCAGAAGGCCUUGUUGAAUGCGCUCCUGACCCCCUCCUGCAGUUUCAAGAAGAGGAGAGGCCACUCAAUUGGAGGAGCCCCCGAGCAGCGAUACCACAGCAUCCCUGUGUGCGUGGCUGCCCGACUUCCUACCCAGGCUCAGGAUGUGCUGGAUGCUCACCUCUCCGAGGUCAAUGCUGUUCAUUUUGGCCCCAACAGCAGCCUCCUGGCCACUGGAGGGGCUGACCGCUUCAUCCUCCUCUGGAACGUCGUGGGAGGGCGCCUGAAGGCCAACCAGACUCUUGAAGGAGCUUGCGGCAGCAUCACCAGUGUGGACUUUGACCCCUCGGGCUCCCAGGUACUGGCAGCUACUUACAAUAAGGCCGCCCAGCUCUGGAAGGUUGGGGAGGCGCACUCCAAGGAGACCCUAUCUGGACACACGGACAAGGUGACAGCUGCCAAAUUCAAGCUAACGAGGCACCACGCGGUGACCGGGAGCCGGGACCGGACAGUGAAGGAGUGGGACCUUGGCCGAGCCUACUGUGAGGCCCAACCCUCCCCUUUCCCGCCUGCCAGGACCCUGCCGGGCCGUGGGGGACCUCAGCCUGCUCUCUGGGAGUGGCUCCAAGAUUUACAGGCAUUUGGGAUGAAGGCCUCUCUUCUGUCCCCCAUUGGUUCCAGGACCAUUAAUGUCCUUUCCUACUGUAACGAUGUGGUGUGCGGGGACCAUGUCAUCAUUAGUGGUCACACUGAUCAGAAGAUCCGGUUCUGGGACAGCAGGGGACCCCGCUGCACCCAGGUCAUCCCUGUGCAGGGCCGGGUCACCUCCCUGAGCCUCAGCCAUGACCAGCUGCAUCUGCUCAGCUGUUCCCGAGAUGAUACACUCAAGGUCAUCGACCUGCGUGUCAGCAACAUCCGCCAGGUGUUCAGGGCUGAUGGCUUCAAGUGUGGUUCUGACUGGACCAAAGCUGUGUUCAGCCCAGACAGAAGCUAUGCACUGGCAGGUUCCUUGGAUGGUGCCCUUUACAUCUGGGAUGUGGACACUGGGAAACUGGAGAGUAGCCUUCGGGGACCCCAUUGUGCUGCUGUCAAUGCCGUGGCCUGGUGCAACUCUGGGAGCCACGUGCAUUCAGGGAACAGAGAAGCCUCUGGGCUGGAGGCUCAAGGAGACCCAGGCUUGCCCCCCACAGAGCUGGGGCGGAGCUGGCCCGGCUUCCCUGCUAUUCACGUCUAACCAAGGAGAUAGCAUGAGGCAAGGUCCAGAGGCAGCAAAAGGCAGUGGCUUUUGGAGCCGUGGAAAUUUCACCCGCAGUCCGAGCUGGUCUUGGUUCUUGAGCCCUUCUGCUUCAGGCACCCAGGGUAGACUGAGGCUGAGGAGGGCCCAUGUGAGUUCUGAGGAAGGAGCAGCAGAGGCAGCCUAGGGGGGCCCUGUGGAAAGGACCCUAAGACACCAGAGUGAUGGCAAGUAGUUGGUAUACCAGGCCUGCCUUUAUUUAUUUUUAAAUUUAAAUUUAUUUAUUUAUUUAUUGGCUGUGCUGUGUCUUCGCUGCUGGUGGAACUUCUCUAGUUGCGGAGAGCAGGGGCUAUUCUUCAUUGUGGUGCGUGUGCUUCUCACUGCAGUGGCUUCUUGUUGCGAAUCACAGGCUCUAGGCACACAGGCUUCAGUAGUUGUGGCACAUGGGCUCAACAGUUGUGGCUCGCAGGCUCUAGAGUGCAGGCUCAGUAGCUGUGGCACAUGGGCUUAGUUGUUCCGCAGCAUGUGGGAUCUUCCUGGACCAGGGACUGAACCUGUCUCCCCUGCAUUGGCAGGUGGAUUCUUAACUACUGUGCCACCAGGAAGUCCCCAGGCCGGCCUUUAGACUGGGGCCAUGUUAUUGCCCCAGAUGCAGACCCCAGAGUGGGUGGGGAAAGCCUUCUGUGUGUCUGUGUGUUGGGGAGGACAUCCGCGGGCUGGGCCUGGGCCUGAGGCUUCGCUUACAUUAGCAUCAAAUUUAAUCCACACAACAAGCAUCUGGAGUACAAGGCAGACCCAAUAGGGUGGAGCCUGGGCACUCCAUUUCCUUCCCCAGCCUGGGGCAUGGAGGAGGGUGAGCAGGACAGCCAUUGCCAGUCACCAGGCAUCAAAGGGGACCUCCGUCCUUGAGUGAUAGGGGCUGACCUCUGGGGGUCUGCUCAGUUGAGAUUCAAAGGCUUUACUCUGGAACUCUCAGCUUCCUUAUUACCUUACAAAGCCUCCCUUAGGGCAUCCCUUUGUCAGUCCCAGGGAUUUGGAAGCUAUUUCCAGGAUGGGCAAGAGAAAGUUAAGAGCCUGGACUCUGCAGCUAGACUGCCUGGGUUUGAAUCUCUGCUCUACUGUUUAGUAGCUGAAUGAUUUUGAGCAAGUUAUUUAAUGUCUUUGUGCCUUAGUUUCCUUCUCUGUAAAAUGGGAAAAUAGUCGUAUCUAUCUCAAAGCUUGUUGUAAGGACUCAGUGCAUCCGUAUUUGUAAGUUCCCGGCACAUGCCAAAGGCUGUGUAAACGUUGGCUACAUACCCAAAUCUACACUCUGCCGAUCCCAGCUCACUCACUGCCCUUGGCCCAGCUGUCUCCUGAGGUCUGGGUGACAUAGCCAGCUGCCUCCUAGACAUCAUCUCUCCCUGACAUGAGCGUUUGUUCCUCUCACAUCCCAUGUCUGUUCGGGCACCAAGGCCUAGGGCUGCUGUAUCUAACUCCUUUCCAUUCCUGCUGCCACUGCAGGCCACCUUCUAGACCUGCUGUCUCCCUACCUAUUCCCCUCCUUGGCACGGCCAGAGUGACUUUCUAAGGUGUUGUCAUACAUCCAGUCCUUAGACGUUCACUGCUUCCUGCAGGGGACUCCUUACCCUUAGGAUAUGGCCCUGCUGGCCUCAGCUGCAUCUUCACUUCCUUGCUCUUUGAAUGUAUCUUGCAUGUGAUUUUCUCUCUACCCAGAAUGUUCUUUACUCCCAGCCCCUGAUUCAGAUUUGUCCUUCAGGAUCUCACUGAGAGCUUUUCCUCACUGCGAGGCCGGCUAGGAGCCUCCUCCGUCUCUGUGCCCUCCUGUUUGUGUCUGCCUCCCUCCAUCUCAGUCAGGGAGAUCUUGGAAGAGGCCAGGAUGGGAGCAAAGUAUUCUCUGGGAUCAGGCCUCAGAGCUACAGAGAAAGCCUCAGGAAAUGUUUAUUAAGGGACUAAAUUCUCUUACUUGAGGACUCAGCAAGUCUAACAGUUGAAGACUCUAGGAGUCCAGGAUCUUUUGAAUCUAAGACUCCUGAAGGUCUGGCCCUCAUGCCCUGGCUCCCAGCGGCCACCAGGAGUCACCGGCUGCCGAGGUCUGCUGAGACCAUCCUCCCACCUCCUGGGAUACAUGGCCAGAAAGACCAGUGCUUCCAGUAGCCACCGUUAACUGAGCUGUGUCAGGCCCUGGGCCUUGUACUUUCUAGCCAGUAUCUUACUUGUCCCUCCCAGCCACCUGUUGAUGCAAGUAUCUCUUUCACAAAUGAGAAAAUUGAGGCUCAGAGAGGGUAAAUGAUAUGAGAUCA